AUGGGAAAUAACCAGCCCGGUGGAAUGAGCAAACGCGAGCGCGGAUUCGACUUUGAGCGCGGUUCGAUUGACUUAAUUUUACCACCACUAAAUUAUGCACAUUUAGGCCAAAACCGAAUGGGACAAGUGUCGUCAUCUCCGCCAAACAGCGGCGAGGACGAAUGCCCAGUUCAAUUAAAAAUCCCGAAGAGCGGAGAAAUGACUGAGGAAUUCCCAGUUGUUUUCAAAUGGAAUUGCUCCUCUAGCUCGCAACCAAAGAGUGUGUUUAUCUGCGGAUCUUGGGACAAUUGGAGGUCGAAAAUUCCUCUGGUCAAGUCGACAUCAGACUUCUCUACGAUUCUUGAACUUGAGCCCGGAAAGCAUGAAUACAAAUUUAUGGUCGACGGAAAGUGGGUUGUUGACGACAACCAGGAAAAGACCGGAAACAAUUUGGGCGGUGAGAAUAACGUCAUCACGAUUGACGAAGCUGAUUUCGAAGUGUUUGAUGCGCUCGACAAAGAUUUGGCAUCGUCGAAUGCUGGAGAAGCGAUGAGAACAGCGCAACCAGCUAAGGAGUCGCACGAUACUCCAAAUGAUCGCGAACUUGAAAAGCUUCAUACAUUUGGACAAGAAAUCCCGACUCGUGCUGAUUUUAACCGUGCGAGUGCUCCACCAGUUCUCCCGCCGCACCUUCUUCAGGUGAUUUUGAACAAGGACACUCCAGUCCAAUGCGAUCCGAAUGUACUUCCGGAACCCGACCAUGUAAUGUUGAACCAUCUCUAUGCUCUUUCGAUCAAAGAUGGCGUCAUGGUUCUUUCGGCUACUCAUAGAUACCGCAAAAAGUUCGUUACCACUCUUCUCUACAAACCAAUCUAA